AUGGUGUUCGCCACAGGAAAAUCACCCCUUACUGGCCGCAAGCUAGAUCAAGCUAAUGCCGAAGCGGAGCGUUUCAUGCGCACAUUAGAAAAAGCUGCACGAGCCGCCCAUAUCGAAGGAAGAAGAUGGCAAGAUGAGUUAGAUACUUUUCUUUUGAAUUACAGGUCAACGCCGCAUUGCACAACUGGUAUCAGCCCGGCAGAGCUUCCAUUCAAUCGAAAAAUUCGGAAUAAACUGCCAAGUGUGGACCGGUUAGACCCCAUGCCCUCAGAUAUCGAAGACAGCCAUGAAAAAGCUAUCAACAACGACUCUAAGAGAAACGAGAAGAUGAAGAAAUAUGCGGACAAACGGAAUCAUGCAAAGAACAUUAAUCUUCAAAUAGGAGAUUAUGUCUUAGUCCGACAGCAAAAGAAAAAUAAUCUACCCCAUUUGGUAAAACGUCAUACAGAGUAA